GUUGUAAUUAUCAAAAUUGAUAAGCUGAAGUAUCAAAUUUACCUAUAUAAAUGCGAAAAAAUCCAAAUUGUUUAUUUUACUUUUUUAGUUUAUGUGCGUAAAAGAAAUAUGAAGUUCAAGAUAUUUGUGGCGGCUUUAGUGACUUCGGCAGUAGCAUUGCCAUCAAGUUUAGGCACUCCUGGUAGCCAUGCGCAUCUUUUUAGUGAAGAUGUGACUAACAUGUCUUUCCCAGAAGGUUUCAUGUGGGGAUACGCAUCUGCUGCAUAUCAAGUUGAGGGUGGUUGGGAUGCAGAUGGAAAAGGUGAAAGCAUUUGGGACUAUGAUGCUCAUAAUCAUCCAGAUUGGUGGCCAGAAAAUCAAAAUGGCGAUAUUGCUUGCGACAGUUACAAUCAAGCUGCUGUUGAUGUUGAACUAUUAAGGAGACAGGGAGUGAACACUUACAGAUUUUCCAUAGCUUGGCCGAGGAUUUUGCCAGAUGGUACUCUAAAUAACAUUAGUCAAAAAGGUAUUGACUACUAUAAAGAUCUUAUUUCACAAUUGAAAGAAAACAACAUUGAACCUUUGGUAACAAUGCAUCACUGGGAUAAUCCGAGAGCUAUUGAAGACAAAGGAGGAUUUAUGAACGAGACAAUCAUUGACUACUUUUAUGACUACGCGGAACUCUUGUUCAAAACAUAUGGUGACGAUGUUAAAUGGUGGAUCACUUUCAACGAACCAAAGCAAACCUGUGGUGGCGGAUACGACUACGGCGGUAUUUCGCCCAAUAUACGCAACUUAGGCAGAGGUGGAUACAUUUGCGCUCACAAUUUGCUUAGAGCCCACGCUAAAGUUUACAGAAUGUAUGAACAGAAAUAUAAAGCUACCCAACAAGGUAGGAUAGCAAUCGUAGUCGAUGAAUCUUGGGUUGAACCUGCAUCCAAUUCAACUGCUGAUAUUGAAGCUGCCGAGCGCGCUAAUUUAAUGACUGUGGGUUGGUUCGCUCAUCCAGUAGUCUACGGAGACUACCCAGAAAUAAUGAAGCAAAGAAUUGAUUCACGUUCCGCACAACAGGGCCUUUCGGAAUCUCGUCUUCCCAAAUUUACUGAAGAAGAAAAAAUAGAAUUAAAAGGCACGUAUGACUAUUUGUGUGUCAAUAUGUAUAGCUCAGUUUUGGGAGCAGCUCAAGAUGAAGCGCCUAUUACCGACAUUAGCAUCGGAGGUGAUAUCUCUGUUAAUCAAUAUCAGCCUGACGAUUGGGAAAAAACUGUAACAAGCUGGUUUAAGGUUGUUCCAUGGGGUGCCCGUCAUCUAGUUAGAUGGCUCCGCGAUACCUACGGAGAUGAAAAAGGUAUUAUGGUAACAGAAAAUGGAUACCACGAUUCUGGAAAUGAAAUGGAUGAUUUAAAUUCCAGGGGGCGUUAUCACAAGCUGUAUCUUAGCAAUCUUAAUGAUGCCAUUUACAAAGAUGGUGUAAAUCUUAUUGGAUACAUGGCAUGGGCCUUGCUAAACGAUGUUGAGUGGUAUGCUGGUUGGCAAGUCAACCUGGGUCACUAUCACGUAGAUUUUGACAGUGCGAAUAGAACGAGAACUCCCAAGCAGUCAGCGGAUUACUACAAGAAGGUCGUCACAACCAAUUGUUUAGUGGAUUCCUGCGAAUCAUCUACUAAGAAAAUCAAAUUAGCAUAAGACUUGACUUUUGUAUAAAUUGAAAUAAUAAUAAUGCGAAUAAAACGAUGUAUAAUAUA